AUGAAAAAUGAAGAAAAAGUUGUAUUAAAAUUAUUAGAAAUUGAUGAAAUGUUUUUGCAAAAAAAAGCUGUUGGUUUACCAGCACAACAAAAUGUAAGCAAACAAACAAUGUUACGUUUUUAUAUUGCUAUGAUGUUAUAUGAUUUAUUCAAAAAUAAAAGUUUUUAUGAUGUUGCAAAAUUUUGGGAUCAAUCUCGUGGUACAAUUCAAAAUCUUUAUUCUCAAGUUGCUUCAUUUGCUGCAUCAAUACUUUAUUUUAGUAAAUCUUAUGAUGAAUUUUGGCCUUAUCAUGAAUUAUUACCAAUGUUCAUUCAACGAUUAACAUUUUGUACAUCAUUAGAAAUUCUUCCAAUUAUGGAAAUUCCAGGAAUAAAACGAGGUCGUGCUUUACAAUUAGUUCGUGCAGGUUUUCGUACACUUCGAAGUUUAGCAAGAGCUCAACCUGAUCAUCUUAUGAAAACUGUACUUAAUUUAUCAUUACGAACAGCACAAAUUCUUAUUAAACAUUCAAAACGUUUACUUUGUGAACAAGCUGAAGAUUUAAGAGAUCAAGCAGCCGCAUUAGUCGAAGAUAUUUAA